ACGUCAAUUUCAUUAAUCUGAAGUGAGAAGCUCCCCUGGAAGCACGAAAUUGGUGCUUUCGGGAUUUGCAAAGGAAUGGGGAGAAGAUGUGCUUCUGGGAAGCUGCAGCAUGUUGGAAAAGCUACCUUGUUUGAGAAGCUAAGCCGUUUGUUUGGUGCAGUCUGUGCUCUCAAAAUCAAAAAGCUCUUUUUACAAUUUGCACCAAAUAGGCACUUAAUCGGCUAAGAGGAGAGGAGAAGAGAGAAGAUGAGAGGAAAAGGGGAGAGAGAAGACUCUACUGAUUUUGGUUUAGAUGGAGGAGAGAGAAGAUGGGUGGCUAAAGAUGAAACCUUCAUGAUGGUAGUUCCCAGCCCAAGCGCCAAAAUUGAACCUUCAAUGCCCAACUUCGACGGAGUGGCCGAGCGCAGAGUUCAGUUCCCGUGUAUAUGGUGCUUUGCUUCGACAUUGUACCGAAACGAUAACCUCAUUACAGCUAUGGUUCUUCACCUAAGUUUCCCAAAGAAGGGUAACUGCUUAGACUUCUUGUUACCGAGAUUCUCAUGGAUAUGUGGAAAUACGGUGUCUUUUGUGACGUCGAUUCCAGGGUAUUUGUGGUUUCAACAAUUUGUUGAGGCUGUGGAGUUGUUCUCUAUGCUACAUUGGGAACCCAUUUGGCUUUACUUUGAUUUUGAAAGUUCUUGUCAGUAUGGGGUGGGCAGUUCCGGAGAAGGUUUUGGUAGGAUAGCAUGUAAAGAUAGGGUGAUUUGGACGGGGAUGGUAGCUAGCUAUACUGAAAGUGAUUUUUUUGAAGAGGCAUUAGAGCUAUUCUUGCAAAUGAGGGUGGCUGGUUUUGAGCCUGACAAUUUUACCUUUUCUGUUGACUGUUGUCUUGAGGCUAGUCUUUAAAGACUAUUUAUGAGCAAGAUAUUUAUGUUGGAGUUGGAUUGCUUGAGUUGCAUCCCAAAUGUGGGGACAUUGGUGUUGUAAAAAGGAUUCUUGAAGAGAUUCCUCGGAGAGACGUAAUUGCUUGGUGUUUCAUGAUUUUGCAGUUUUCUCAGAAUGAGCAGAUUGAAGAAGCUCUGAAUCUGUUUUCUGGAGUGAGUUGUAGCAUUUGACAUGAUAGUUUGCCAACUGCAAUAAGUGUAAGGUUCAAGACUUGGAGUUAUUGACCUUCAAAGCCUUAAAUCAGGAAAGUUUGAAUCCUAUGGAAAGUAGGGCAUUGAAUUUCUCUGGGAAUAGCCACCGGUUGCAGCCAGAAUAAUUUUCUGUCAUUGAU